GUCCCCUGGCUAAUUGACCGGCGGCCCUCCGCAUCCUUAUCCUUCGUUUGUUUCGCUGCUUAGUGCCAACUUCUCCUCGCCGUCGACCGUCGGCCGUCAGCUUGUGGCCUCGGAACGGAGUCGCCGGCCAACCUCACCCGUCAAAGGCAGGAAAUUUUGCCUCGCAACGUCGCUUCCCCUUACUCGUCCAAGAAGGUGUAGAUGGAGUCGCAAUUCGCCACACUUCUGGGAAGGCAAUCCCUUGCUCCACCGCAGAUUUCAGCGAAAAUCAUGCAGACCUCCCCAACAAUGAGAACUAUGUUUCGUUUUCAUUAUUUCAUGCUCAAGCCGAUGUCUCUGAAUAAAAAGAUAUGUUCUUGUAGACUGGGAAGUGAUUUGGCAGACCAGAAUGGUGUGGACGUGGAUGAUCAAAAUGAGGUUAAUUCACAGUGGCAAUUGGAGUUCCUAGGAGAGAUUCCUUCAUCUAAGACUCAAAUACCUCCGAAGAAGGCCCGGGAAAGAUCAAGACUGCUGAAUGAUGCAGAGAGCAUGGAUUGGUGUGUCGAGGCAAGGAAGAUCGCAUUGAGAGCAAUUGAGGUCAGGGGCUUGACUAGUUCAAUGGAGAAAAUGGUGGUUCCGAAGAAAAGAAAUAGGAAGAAAAAGGCCAAAUCUAGCAAAAAAGAGAAGAAGAUUAAUGUUGAAGAUGUCUUCUUGGAUGAUUUAGAGGAUGAUGAUGACCAUGUCUCUACUGUAAUCUCUGAGGAAAUUGAUUUAGAUGAAUUGAAUUUGAAAAGUGGCAUCAGUGGUCUUAGAGAGAAAAUCAAUACAGUUGCAGAUGGGAUGUUCGAGAAAAAGCGGAUGAAUUCGAGGGAGGAAUUCAUUGAGAAGUUAUCACAGUUUACAGGAGCCUCAGAUAGAAAGAAAGAGAUCGCUUUGAACAAAGCCAUCGUGGAGGCACAGACUGCUGAUGAGGUCUUGGAAAUAGCUUCCGAGGCUGUCUCAGCAGUGGCAAAAGGCUUGAAACCUUCACCACUUACUCCACGAAAUAUUGCUACAGCUCUCCACCGCAUUGCUAAGAACAUGGAAAAGGUUUCCAUGAGUAGAACUCAUAGGUUGUCAAUUGCCCGCCAAAGAGAGAUGUCAAUGCUCAUAGGUAUUGCAAUGAUCAUGCUACCGGAGUGCUCGGUGCAGGGGAUAUCGAACAUAGCUUGGGCCUUGUCAAAGGUUGGUGGUGGCCUUCUCUAUUUGUCAGAAAUGGAUAGAAUUGCUGAGGUGGCUCUUGUGAAGAUUGGAGACUUCAAUUCGCAGAAUGUUGCUAAUUCUGCUGGUGCAUUUGCUUUGAUGCAACAUUCUGCACCAGACCUCUUUUUUGCCCUAUCUAAAAGGGCAUCUGAAAUAGUUCAUACUUUUAGGGAGCAGGAAAUUGCUCAGUUCUUGUGGGCAUUUGCUUCUUUAAAUGAGUGUGCUGAUCUUUUUCUUGACUCACUAGAUCAGGCCUUCACAGAUGCAGGCAGUUGGAAAUAUUUUGUGGAAGUCGAAAAUUCACCUCAGUCAGAAAUUUUAAAUGCCAAGACUGAGGCAAGUGACCAUGCUGAAAGUGUUGUAAGCAACCAUCUGGAUUCUUCUACAUUGAGAUUUGACAGAAGUCAGCUUGGUAAUAUAGCUUGGUCUUAUGCUGUACUUAACCGAAUGGAUCGCCCAUUCUUUUCCUGCAUCUGGACUUCUUUAAGCAAGUUUGAAGAGGGAAGGAUCUCAGAACAAUACAGGGAAGAUAUCAUGUUUGCUACACAGGUUCAUCUGGCCAACCAGUGUCUGAAACUUCAAUAUUCGAAUCUUGGUCUAUCACUAUCAAGUCAUCUAGAGGAGAAAAUAUCGAGAGCAGGGAAGACUAAGCGAUUCAAUCAGAAAAUUACUUCCUCAUUCCAAACUGAGGUUGCGAGGCUUCUUGUAAGUACAGGUCUCGACUGGGUGAAAGAGUAUGUGGUGGAUGGAUACACACUAGAUGCAGUACUUGUCGACAGAAGGCUUGCAUUUGAGAUUGAUGGACCAACACAUUUUUCCAGAAACUUAGGUACUCCGUUAGGCCACACUACACUGAAGCGUCGAUAUAUUGCUGCUGCUGGUUGGAAGCUUGUUUCUCUUUCUUUCCAUGAGUGGGAGGAACUUCAAGGAUCUUUCGAGCAGCUAGAAUACCUCAGGAAGAUUCUGGGCAUCGAUACGAAUGAUGAUGGUCUUCAGAGUGCCAACUUAGUUUUGACGUGAAAGAGAACCAGCUGUGUAGAUAAUACAGAGAUGUCCACUGAAGGCAAAAACAUUGAGAGCAGGACUUGUAACAUGUGGCUAACCAUUUAUAUUUUCCAUCUGGUUGAAGAAUCAACCAUUAGAAGGGCAAAAUGGAAUUGAAUGUCUCCUUGAUGAUAUAUAAUUUUUCUAUGGACCGACCAUCUAGUCGGAUAAAGGCUUGGUUAUUGUAUGUUUGGAGAGAUUGAAAUUGAAAUAUUUUUUUUGUCAAAAUGGUGAAAUAUUUUCUUUGCUCA